AUAUGUAUAUAAGUAUAUAUAUAUUUUUUUUAGAUAAUAAAGUAUUUAGAUGCAGCCGAACUUAGGCCUUCCUUACUCUUUUUAGUAGUUGUAUUAGCCGCGAAUUAUGAGAGUUUAUGAAGAAGAAAUUUGCGUUCCCCAAGAAAUUGAUCGGACUUUAGAAAAAAGAAAGUGUAAAUUACAGCCUAAGAGGUUAAAAAAAACAAAAAUGUGUGCGUUUGGUGGAUAUAUAGAUAACGUUGUAUAUUUUUUGGUAACAUUCUUUGUCGCCGAUUUAUUUCUUCGAUUUUAUAAAGCUUUAUUGGAAAACUUUAAAUAUAAAAAUCACUACUUACCCGAAAAACGUUUUUGGACAAUAUUGUGUCGAGCAUAUUGUUACAAUCCCACCACAUUAGUGGUUUUCUUUUGCGUUGUUGUAGUAGCUUUAGUGCGCAUUAAAUUUACGGAACGCUUGCAUUUAAUACCGCCAGCGAUUUUUUUCGCCUUUAUGCCACUUUGGUGGUUAAUAUCUUUGGCUCAAAUGGGUCAUAGCACACUAGACAAUGCAAUGUUUAUACGUGGUAAUCACGGUUUGGAUUCUGCGUCAAGUAUGGCAGCUAACUUUUUUCAUGGAUAUUUGAAAUUAACUAUACCAGCACAUACUAAUAAUACCGGUAUACGCGAUCGAAUAAAUUUCUAUGAACAAAGUCAUGGUGUACAAUUUGCAAUCCAUCGAUUGGUUAUACUAGUACCAAGCAAAUUGUUUAUUAAGUCUAAAUUUGAAAGUCCUUAUUUAGAAAAAGCGGAGCCACUAUCUGAGGUGCGUCUGAAUCGUGCUGGAGUAUAUCGUCCGUAUCAAAAUGAUGUUUACCGUUUUCGGAUGCCUAUCAAUAAUCGGUUUUAUUAUAUAUCAUUGGAAGGAGCAACACCAAUUUUAACAUUUUUCGAAACAUUACAUUUUCCAGCCACAAAAACAAGACAAAUAGAGGAAAUGCAGCGGGAAAUUCUAUUGAAAUUUUAUAAAUACUUGAAGCAAUUGAUAUAUAACUGUCCAGAUACAGAAGAGGAGAUUGAGUUAAUUUUUUAUAAUGAUUUCAAACCGAAUGGUGAGAAACAGGACAUAGGAGAGAUGCUUUUUAACCAUUUUGAAAAGGUGAUACUUUCUAAACAGUCGGCGAAUAUGACUAAAAUUGAUUGAUAAUAGAUAAGUAGAUAGUUAAAUUAUACAACACUAAUAGUUUUGUACCUAUAUUUAUUUAAUAAUUGGAAAAAUAAUUUUAAAAUGUACAAAUAUAUUCCACCAGUUAGUAGUUAGUAAUUCUAUACUCAAAAUUUUCUAAAAAAAAAUAUACAUAUAUUUUAAAUUUUCAAAUAACCUUCAUUUAAUAGAUCUAUUAUUAAAUAUAUCUUCUACUUUGAAACCAGGUCAA